AAAAGCCUUCAAUAAGUUAAUGACCAAUGUCUCUGGUGACAUUUGAUUGUUUCUUCUGCUGUUGACUUGGUGUUGCUCCUCAUAAUAUUACUGAUGGAGAACAACCCUAGUUCAUCCAGAUCAAGUACUGAUCGCAAAACCAUUGAGCGAAAUAGGAGGAACCAAAUGAAAGCCCUUUACUCCGAGCUUAAUUCUCUUGUACCCCAUCAAAACUCAAGGGAAGGUACAUCACUCCCAGAUCAACUGGAUGAAGCUGUAACCUAUAUAAAGAAGAUGCAGAUAAACUUGGAGAAAAUGAAUGAGAAAAAAGACAGCCUCAUGGGCAUUGAUCAAAAGCCGAAUGCAGGCACAAAUGGUUCUGGAAUGACGUUGACAGCGCAGCUAAGGUCACCACAAAUUGAGAUUAGUGAAAUUGGUUCGGCUUUACAGGUUGUUUUGAUAACUGGGUCGGAUUUUAAGUUCAUGUUCAAUGAGACCAUUCGCGUGCUUCAUGAAGAAGGAGCAGAGAUUGUUAAUGCCAAUUUCACCAUUGUUGAUGAUAUAGUGUAUCACACAAUACAUGCUAAGGUUGGGGAGUCGGCAUUGGGUUAUGAAGCUGCAAGAAUAUCUGAGAGACUAAAGAAAAUUUGUCAUGAAAAUUGAUGUUGAAUAUCGUAUAAUUUGAAUUUAUAUUUGAUCAUCACCGUGUGCUUGUUAUCCAGUACUUACGAAAGAGGCAAGCUGCUCAUGAUCAGUGCAAUAUCUUCCUGAUGGAGAGGUAUUUUAACAAAUCAAAUUGGACAAAUUCGUUCAUGGUUUUCCACAAUAUCCAUCAAUCACUGAGCAGUGUGCAGUUGUUAGGGUAUGCUGAUGAGUCUGAAGAUUUUCAGCAAAAACUUGUCAUGCAGAUUGUGUUCUCAAUUCACAUAAUGCUUAAACAAGAAAUCAGGAUGAUAUACACAUGACAAGAUCUAAGUUCAAUUGGAAAACCAUAUAUAUAGUUGUUUAUAUAACUAAUUCCCUAUCAAUUGUGCUUCCAUUUAGUCAUUCACCAUUUAAUUAAAUGUGUGUGUUUGACUAUAUUACAAGUUGCUAAGCUUGUUGGUAAUUGUGGAUUUAUUGAUCUGGUUUAAGAAUU